CAAAGGCUUCACUGACCGCCAAAUAUUCUACCAAACUCUUGCCAACUCAUUCACGUCGGCCACGUUUUGAGACGUCUCCAAGCAAGUGAAAUAUUCUCCGUCUUCCACCAUGUUUGGAAUCAUCGCCGAUUUGUUGUCCUCGGUCAUUACGAUCCUCUUCCCUAUUUUCGCUUCUUUCAAAGCCCUGCGCUCGUCGAACCCAUCGCAGCUAGCACCAUGGUUAAUGUAUUGGGUGGUCCUGUCGGCCAUCUUGAUGGCUGAGUCCUGGACGGUGUGGAUUUUGGGAUGGCUUCCGUUCUAUAGCUGGUUCCGUCUCUUCUUCUUUUCCUAUCUGGUUCUGCCCCAGACUCAGGGUGCCCAGAUCAUAUACCAGACUUACGUUGACCCGUUCCUAGCCCAGCACGAACGAGAAAUUGAAGAGUUCAUCGGUCGCUCUCAUGAGCGUGCCAAGGCGCUGGGCCUCCAAUACUUUUACCAAGGACUGGAUUGGGUCCGCGAGAAUGUUUUCCACCUGCCCGCCCAACAGGCUGCCCCUCCGCCUCCGGCGACCGGCCCUGCUGCAUACGCUCAGUCGCUUCUCUCUCGGUUCAACGUCCCGACAGCAGCCGGAGGAAAUGCCAAUGCCCCUGCCCAGGGUAACGACUGGCUUUCGGCCAUUGGCUCUGCCGUGGCGUCUAUGACCUCCACCGGUAAGACUCCGGAGGCACGGGCGGAGGAACUCUCGGCCAGCGGCUCCUUCUUGCCCCGUGACAUGGCCGGCAUGUCUCAUGAUGAGAAGUCCAAAUACCUCUCAAACCAGCAGGAUAUGUUGGAAGUGCUGCGCAAUGCGUUGGCAAAGGAACAGCAAUCCCUGCACGGACGGGACGAUGACCCCGCAUCCGGCUCGUCCCUGAGGAAGAACCGUAGCGACAACUCGUUUGAUCAUAUCGAACCUGAGGACAUCCGUGAUCGGUCCACCAGCAGCAACUGGGCGUCUGGCAUAGACUUUGCGGCGCGAGCAGCGGAGGAAUUGGCUCGAUCCCGCGGUUCUCAUUAA